UCGUGCUAUUAACAAAAUGGUGGCGCGCAGUUACAAGAUGUGGUUGUGCGAGAUCAUUGUUUUGUUUUGAUGUGUUUUAAUUAAUGAUGUUUUGACAGCGACUUUGUUUUCACAUUUACUAUUUGAACCUCCAUAACAGAAGACGUCACAAGAUAUUUCACCAAGAUGUUACCAAGACCAAAACCAGGUGAUACGGAGGAAGACCUCCUGAAAUUCCAGAAGGAAUUCAUGGCUAACAAAGAUAAACCAGCAGUCACUGUGGUCAAACGUCCGGACAAACGUAAGAGCAGUACCAGUGAUGACAGCAAAGCUGAAGACAGGAUAGAGCCGAAUCGAGAUGUAGUUAACAUGGAAGUCCUUCCUCCUGAAUCAGAAAGUGUCCCACCAGUAAAAAAGUCGAGGUUCAAAAGCCAACAGGAGGAGAAGACUCGAAGACAGAAGAAAGAGGCAGAGAUGAAUCUAAGUCCUGAGGAAAGAAUUGACAAAACCGACAAAUCUACUGCUGCAGUUUUGACCAAGAUUAUUGAAAGGGACACCAGGUCAAGUCAGGUACAACUCCCAAGACAUACUAGUCAAGCUUUCCCAUCAGUUGUCCAUUAUGACAACCCAACACAGAAUGAAGCCAAAAGUCGUGGAAAGAAGAAGAGUUUAUUUGCCCAACAGUUUUCCAGACAGGGCGCUGGCUACUUUGGUGUCAUGCUACAACAGGAGGAAGCAAAAGUUUCAACAAGCCCAUCAACACAUGCUUCUAUGGAGACGGGCAGCUCAGGUACUGAUGCCCCCCACCUGGUAGAAGGCCUGGGCCUUAGUGCUACCUUUGGAAAGGAUGAGGUCAAGCAAAUUCACCAAGAGAACACAGAAAAACUGGCCGCAAUGUCCGAGGAUGAAAUCCUACAGGAACAACAAAAGUUGAUUGAAAUGUUAGAUCCAAACCUGGUGUCUUUUAUCAAAUCAAAGUCCAAAAAAGAAAACCCUGCAUCAAAAUCUACCAUACCACCACCUAUGUCUAUGGAGAAGGACACAUCUCAGAGAGCUAAAACAGAAUCAGAAACUUUAGAUGAGGAUGAGCUACCUGUCAAACCCAGCAAAGACUGGGUGAAUAUGGACAAGGCAGAGUAUGACAAGUUAUCCUGGAUGAAGGAGUUACCUCCCCCUCAAACUGGAGAUGCACAGACUGGUCAGCAAGCAAGAUUUGACUUCAGAGGCCAACUGGUACAUGCUGACCUUGACCUUCCUGUGACCUCUGGAUUACAUCACCAUGGUAACGAACCAGAGAGAGCGGGAUAUACCCUUGAGGAACUUUUCCUUCUGGCCCGGAGUACCAACACCCAGCAGAGAGUGAUAGCAUUCACUACAAUGGCUCGAAUCUUCUACAAGGCCCGGAGUGGUGAGCUCGGUCAGCUUGUUCAGUCGGCUAUACUCCCAGCGGUGUUAGACGGAGGUGUGCUGUUCCUGGUGCGAUGGGCUAUGGAUGAUAAGAUUGACAUGGUCUUAUCAGCGGCAGUGCACACUCUUCAUAGUCUUCUGGUCAACCCUGCAGACGAGCUUGCACUUGACCGUGUUUUCUCCUGGCACCAGGGACAUGUCGUUACGGAAUUAAACCCCUCACAAGAUCAGGCAACAUCCAAGGAGGAAGACGAUGAAAAUACAGCACAAGAAACGGACGCCGACGUCCUGAAGCGGGACAUUGUUGUGUGUCUUGUUGAGAGAAUGAACCUGUUACCAAGGAUACAGUAUCUCCUGGACCAGUGUCGUCCUCAGGCUCCCACAGUUCUUCACAUUAUCAGCAUUCUGACUCGAAUAGUUAGACAUUCCUCAACAGUAGCAUAUAAGGUGAUGCUGUGUCCGGGUUUGGUUGAGAUGAUAAUUCGGGAGUUUUUGCCGACAUGCUGGCAGGAACGAGGCGAUGCCCCCUUAUCUGACCUAUAUGGCACACCUGUACCUGCUGUGAUGCGACUGAUGCGGACUCUGGCCCAGGCAGGCAGACAUAUUGCUGCACACCUGAUAUCUACCCUCCAUCUACACAAACAACUUUUGCGGUACCUUAUCGCUGACCAGCCCAGACAUCUUCAGUUGGCUGAGUCUGAAUGUUACCAGUUACAGAUCGAGAGUUUACGUGCCCUCAAACUCUGUUUGCUGUAUGGCCUGGGGGCGGAAACCUUCAUUGACCUGUUUCCAACAUUUGUUAAACAACUUCAGCAGCUACAGCGGGAUGUUACAGACGAGUCGGUCAGUACACACAGAAUGGAGAUGUACGUGGAACUUGUCGGCGUCCUGGAAGGGGCAGUUCACUUAGCUGGAACAGCAGGACUGACCAAUCAAAAAGCAGCAUUUGUUAGGAGUGAAGAUGGCAUGUCCUCCGAGUCUACUAAGGCUGAAGAGGUUGCCACGCCGACGCUGAAUUGGGGUCAUGUGGCUGACCUGUUACAGCCGUUAAUAUCGGUCCUACAGAAACACUUAACAGAUGUCAAGGACACCUACCAAAUCAAGAAGCAGAACCUGCAGCUAUCGGUGGCCUGUAUCAACUUUGUGACAUCCUACUAUGCACGCUGGCAGACACAGGUGUCGGUCAGUGCUGUGGUCAGUCUUCAAAGUGUGGAGGAGUAUCUCACUACUGUUCUCGAGCCGUGCUGGGCUGGUUUUGGGUUCCAGGUCAUUUUCUCUAAACUCAGUUACCACUCCCAGCUGUUGAGUCAGUCUAAGCCCUUAGUCAUGGAAACAACGCCUAGUAUCCCGGGUCUGGGAUGUACAGAACUUAAUGAGGGCCAACAUCCCAUCCUCACCACAGGGACACCGUACGGCCUGGUGACAGCCAUUCUCAGACAAAUAUACACUCUUUGUAGUAUACACAAGGGAGUCCGAGCCAGGGUGUUACCGUGGAUACUGAGUCACAAGGACUUAUGGGUUUACCUACAGAAGGCUUCCACCAGUUCUUCACAUCUCCAUGGCAACCACUUCACCAAGUUUGAAAAUAUUCUUCAUUAUUUCUACCUCAAGUUGGCCAGUAUGUCGGAGCCAGAGCAGCUGAAGCUUGACCUCUCUGUGAUACAAAGACUGACCUUGACCUUGCUGACCAGACUCCACCAUGGAAGUGAGCAUCUAAUCCACGACCUUCUGUCAACAGUCGUGUUUAGUCCCAGCUUAUGGAGGCUUGAUGGAGAUGAGAGAGCAUGUGGGGCCCUAGCUGACCUCAAACUGUCCGAUACACAACACGUGACACAAAUCACCGAGGAGGAACCCGCCCCUCAGAAAGAGCUACUACAGGGAUGUCACGCCCGACUGAACACACUCCGUGCCACCUACCUUAAGUCCUUUAGUCACAGUGAGCGAAUGGUUCAUAGAUCAAGGUACUGUUUUACCAUGAUUCCUCUUCAGACAGAGAAGUUUUUCACCCCGCGGUGCGGCGAGUGUCUGAUGCCCUGUGAUUGGAUGUUUGUCCCACUUAUUGACCUGUACAAUGUGUUCAGCUCUGUUGGAGGAGAUGUCCAGAAUGCACUGUCCGCGAGCCAGCUGGACACAGUGACCGCUGUCCUUCAGUGGAUUUACCUGUUGGAGGUGUGCCAGGGAGACAAGAUGGCCGCCAUCUCCGUCACACUCAAAGUGUCGCGCAUCAUGUGUACAUUCCUCACAGGUAACGAUCUCUUCCUUGACCGUACUGUCCACUGUUACCUAGAGGCCCUUCUUCAACGGUACAUCACACCAACCCUUCUACACAAGCUCAACUUUGAAGAGGAUAUUCCCGGACUUGUGUCCUUCUACGACUUAUACGUGGCCCUACUACAGCAGUAUGAGGCAGUGUCGUUUGGCGACUCCCUGUUCGGGUGCUACUUACUGCUUCCUCUACAACAGAAACAUGCGAUACAGCUGAGGAGGUCGGUUUGGGUGGAAUACAGAGGGAUACUAAGGACCCUGUACCUACCUGUUAAAGAGUUGUUGAUCCCCGUCGAGGGCUUCCUGAUUCCUGAGGAGACAGACAUGGAGUUGCUCCGACUUUAUCUGGAGGGCUUGUUGUCAGGAAGUGUCCAGCCUCGAUGGUGUCCGGUACUUUACCUCACUGCUGUUCACCAUGUCAACAGGUUCUUUUACACCCAGGAUGGGAGACAUACCCAGCUCAAACAAGGCAUGCUCCGUGACAUUGUGAGGAGUCUGAGAACGGAAGUGAGACAACACUUACUCUUCUACAAAACGGCAGAUGUUUCUCUGAACUGUGGGAUGGAACUGUAUGAAACUUUGCCGCCAGUACGACAGAAACUUGUCCUGGAUAUCGAACAAAGCUUAAAUGAAACCUAGCAUGACUAAUUAAACCCCCGAUGGAAAUAUGCGUCGAUGUUAACUGGAGAUAUAGAUGUUAUGGAUGUUUACGUGAGAGUUAUGCCUGUUUACUGUGAAAGGUUCUUCAAGAACAAACUGAAUCAUAAAGUGCAAUAUUGGAGGAUACCAAUUUUACUUUCAAGAUAUAAUUAUGAUAUUUUAACACCUGACAUAUGUUCAGUGGUGCAGGAAUUGCAGACUGAUGUGAGUUUUUAUAGCUUGUGAGGAGAAAUUACAGUGUCUCUGUGAUGGACAACGACUAAGUAAUCGUGAUGUGUAUGUUUACAGAUCGAUGGACAGUGUGUUUCACUGUGAUAUUUACUUCAACAAAAUAGUGCUGAUGAUUACAAAGUUGAGUAAAAUAUUAAAUUCAU